UAAAUAAAAAUUCACAUCAACCAUGGAUCUUUCUUCCUCUCUUUUGUCACUGAAACUACCAUUUAUCAAACUGUUGCUCUCACUGUUAAUAGUCACCAUUAGAGGCGUGGCUGGAAGUUGCUACACAUCUAUCUAUAGCUUCGGAGACUCAUAUGUCGAUAGCGGAAAUAUGCAGUACCUGGAUGCUGAUGUUUUCGGCUGUUAUGUGCCUCCCUUCGGGGAGAGCUACUUCCACCUCCCAACAGGCCGUUGCUCUAAUGGUCGUCUAAUAGUAGACCUCACUGCUGAGUUGUUUGGAAUGCCAUUGCCACAACCAUAUCUUAAGACUUGGAAUGAAAGUGUUGCAAAUGUUCAAGAGGGUAUAAAUUUUGCAGUUUCGGGAGCAACAGUAUUGGAUGCAUCUUUUUUCGAGGACAUAGGAUCGGUUGUACUUACAAACGUCACUCUAAAAUAUCAAUUAAAUUGGUUCAAGGACUUUCUGGCCUCUCUUUGCAACACAUCUUCAAAAUGCAAUGAAAUCAUUGGAAGCUCUAUAUUUCUUGUCGGAGAGAUGGGAGGCGAUGACUAUAAUUAUAUGCUCUUUUCUGGAAUAAGCCUUGAAGAUAUGCCAGCAUACGUGGCACUGGUGGUAAAAGCAAUGGCUACAGCCAUUAACGAGUUGAUUGACUUAGGGGCAGUGACUCUUUUAGUUCCUGGAAUCUUGCCAAUUGGUUGCACUCCAUCCUACCUAACAAAAUAUGCAACUGAAGAUACUGAUGAAUAUGACCCUGAAACUGGCUGUCUUACAAAGUAUAACAAGCUUGCUGAGUACCAUAAUGAACAACUGCAGAAAGAACUACAAAGUAUUCAAGCACUAAAUCCUCGAACCAAUAUCAUAUAUGCGGAUUAUUACAAUGCUGCAAUGGGUUUCUUUCGUUCUCCAGCCCAAUAUGGGUUUACUCGUGAAGGAACACUCAAAUCAUGCUGCGGAGGGGGAGGCCCAUACAAUUAUAACGCAUCACUGGGAUGCGGCCAGCCAUCGACAAUUCUUUGUGAUGACCCUUCACAGUAUGUUAGUUGGGAUGGCGUUCACUUAACAGAAGCAGCAUAUGCAUGGAUUACCGUUGGUUUACUAGAAGGGCCAUACACCACUCCUCGACUUAGUACCUUGUGCAUUUCAGAAAAUGCCACAAAAAUUCAAAUGACCACACAUGUAAAUAAAUCAUUUUCGGAGCACUAGGCAUUUUAACAUUCUAUGAGUUUUAGCAUUAGGCAUUUUUGUUUUUCACUUUUUGUGGAAUAAAACUUUUCUUUGGAUUA